ACCUUGUCACCACGCACACUUCCACAUCGCCACAUCACCUUCAAGCUCACUCUCACCUUCAAGCUCACUCUCACCCUCACCCGUGCCCUCGCCCUCUCCCUCCUCCUCACCUUCCAUACGCAGCCGACAUAUGGCAUGCACACACGGAAUACAAUAGCCUGCCCGCCAGCCAGUCUGCCCUACCUUCGAUCGACACGAUAACGUCGAACAGAACGUACGACCAACCACGGACCGCCGAAGCGAACUGAUACCGCGCGAUCAUGACUAUCAUUCUACGCUUCCAGUCCAAAGAGGGCCAGUUUCGCCUCAACCUCGAACCCAACCAGGACAUAUCCUCUAUCCUCCCACAGGUCGUGGAGAAGUUGCCAAAGAAUGUGAUUCCCUCGUCGAUACACAUCUCGCCCCAGCCGCAUGGGGCCGAGUCGCGGGCGAUCGAGCAGAUGAAGGGCGUAACGUUCGCUAGGAUCGGAUUGACACAUGGUACCAUCGUCUAUCUCACGUUCAAGGAAGAAGAGGCGCCCACGUCAAACGGCCAUUAUGCUGCGGCCAGCAAGCUGAACGGGAAAGAGCUGACGCAACAGGAGCUUGGAUCAGUCGCCAUCAACACCGCCCCCACGCUAAUUAAGAACCCGUGGGAGACAGUUCAGCAGUCGGAGGUGGACGAUCGUCUCGACAAGCUCGAUGGCAAGAUCCGCCGCAAGAAAGACGAGAAGAUGUGCAGACACGGGCCGAAGGGAAUGUGUGACUAUUGUCAGCCCCUCGAGCCAUAUGACAAGGGCUACCUCGAGGAAAACAAGAUCAAGCACAUGUCGUUCCACGCCUACUUACGACAGAAGAACCAAGGGAAAAACAAGUACGAACAGGGAAGCUCCUAUAUGCCGCCUCUUUCGGAGCCGUAUUUUCGCGUGAAUCCACAAUGCCCUUCUGGACACAAGCCGUUUCCGGCUGGUAUUUGCAGCAAAUGCCAGCCUUCUGCAAUCUCAUUGCAGCCGCAGCCCUACCGAAUGGUCGAUCACGUCGAAUUUGAGUCGGCUCAGAUUGUAGAUCGGUUCCUGGACUUUUGGCGAAAAAGCGGCGCUCAGCGGAUAGGCUUCUUAUAUGGACGAUACGAGGAGUACGAUUUGGUACCGCUCGGGACGAAAGCGGUCGUCGAGGCAAUCUACGAGCCCCCACAAGUGAACGAGCCUGACGGUGUGACCAUGACUGAGUGGGAGAAUGAGGCAGCGGUGGACAAGUUGGCCGAGUUUAGUGGACUGCAGCGUGUUGGCAUCAUCUUCACUGACCUUUUGGCACCCGACAGCCCUGAACAGGGCACAGCCGUGUGUAAGCGGCACGUGGACUCGUACUUUUUAUCGUCCCUGGAAGUCUGUUUAGCUGCUCGGUACCAGGCCAAGUUCCCGCGACCUUCGAAAUGGAGCGAGAGUGGCAAAUUCGGCAGUAACUUCGUGACAUGUGUAGUUUCUGGCGACGUGGAGGGUCAAAUCGGAAUCUCCGCGUAUAUGGCUUCGAAUGACGCCGUCGAGAUGGAGCGAGCGCAGCUUAUCGAGCCUUCCGCGGAUCCUACAGUCAUGCUUGUCCAGGACGAGGACGAAGUCGACCGGCUGGGUCAGCAACGAUAUAUUCCGGAGGUGUUCUACCGUAAGAUCAAUGAGUACGGUGCCAACGUCCAAGAGAAUGCAAAGCCAUCAUUUCCUGUCGAAUACCUCUUCGUGACGUUGACACAUGGUUUCCCCAACGAGAGCAAGCCGACCUUUGCCAAGAACCAAUUCGCGAUUGAGCAUAGAGAUAAUUUGGGCGAGCUGCAAGAGCCUAGAGAUUUGCAGAAACAACUCAAAGCCGGAGCGGACAGAGUCGCCCUUGAUACGCCGCAGGGCGUGGUCGCAGUUUCCGACUUUCAUGCCUUGACCUACAUCCAGAGUCUCGGCAUUUUGAGUGAAGAGGAGUUGAAACUUCUCUGUCAAGUGGCGACCCAGAAAGACGCCGCACUCGGCGCCACACUCAUGCAUCUUCCAGGCUGGCUUACACUACUGGCCAUCUUGGACGAAUACGGAGCUCGGCCGGCCAAGAGAGGCGCGGUUGUGCGAGAUGACGAACUCAGCAAGAGAAUCAAGGGCAUGAGUAUGAAUGGUGUGGCAGCGAAUGGCAAGGGGAAAGGCAAGGCUGGUCGAAUGGAAGACUCUGUCUCUGCGAGAUGAUGCGUAUGAGAGAUGGUGGCUGUGGAGCACUUUCGACGAGCGUUGACAGGCAUGAGUGUAGUACCACCAUUGGUGGGUGGUAUAGAUCUAUAUGUGCUACGAGGGGACGGAUCUACCCUUGUGUUAAUCUCUAGCUGUUGUCAACACUCCAUGGUACCACGUACAUGUACUCCAAGGUGGUGGCGACUUCUAUCUUCUAUUCUGUAUGUCCAAAAGAAAUUGGCG